UAUAAAAAUGUAUAUUUUGAGCGAUUUUGAUUUUGCAUGAAAUGUCAGUUUGACUUUAAUUCAGACAGAAUAGAGAAGUAUGUAAAAACAGCAAUAAAGUGAAAAAGUACUUAGUGCACCUGUAGGAUGAAUCUAAUGGUCAAUAACACAAAAUUUGUAUAUUGCUUUAUACAGGAUUAUUGCAGUCUUCAUAAAAAAUCUGAAAUAUCGUUCCUGAUUUAUUCUACAACUUUAAUGUAUUUGGUUAUUGUAUUUUUAAUACCAACACAUUUUAUUCCAAAGGAAUCACAUCUGGGAGGUCAUUUUAGACAUUUGGACAGAAUAUUAUUCACAAGUAAUGUUGUUUUUCAGUGAAGUCCCAUUUGAAUAUCUUCUUAAGAGCUAAUAAUCUUCAGAUUUGAUUAUCAAACAUUAUCUGUGCUUAUAUCAUACAGUGUUUGUCCACUACAGGAACAGAUGUAGAUGUAGACCUGAAAUCAUUGUUUCAAGUUUACUAUUUUCCCAAGAUGCAUGGCGAACAUGGCUGAUCACAAAUAAAAAAUAACUAAAAACAGCUGAACCACAUGCUUUGUGGCACAUACUUUGUUGUAGUGAACUUCCCUUUCGGAAAAUUGGACAUAAGUUGAUAGCUGGGCUUUGAAACAGUAUCUGGUUUAACCUGCUAGACCAUCAAAGACCAUCUUAGACCAGCCAUUAUUUUAAAACACAGCUACAACCUCAACCUGGGUUUUCCAGUAGCUAUGUGUGUGUGUGUCUUGUUUUCUUUGUGUAACGUGCUGUAUGAUUGAGUGUUUAUGACUGUGUAGUGUGUUUGCAUGAGUGUGAAGGAGAAAGAUAGAAGAUGUUUUUUUUCCUUAAAGCAUUACAAUGUGUGUGCGUGUUAGACGUGUGACCGCAUAAAGCAGUCGGCUAGCGGCACCAAGCGGCGCGUGUUCAUCAUUGAGACUAUGGGCGGUUACUGUGGUUACCUAGCGACCGUGGGGGCACUGGCGGCAGGAGCCGAUGCAGCCUACAUCUAUGAAGAACCAUUUGACAUCCGUGACCUUCAGUCUAACGUGGAGCAUUUAACUGAGAAGAUGAAGACCAGCAUCCAGAGGGGUUUAGUGAUCAGGAAUGAGAACUGCAGUGAGAACUACACCACUGACUUCAUCUAUCAGCUGUACAGCGAAGAGGGCAAAGGAGUGUUCGACUGCAGGAAGAAUGUACUGGGACACAUGCAGCAGUGCAGCAGACAGCAGCGGGAGAGAGAUCCGGGAGAGCAUUAA